AUGCCUGAGCAAGAAGCCCUCUUCCCCUCCAUCGGGUCCAUCGCACAAACAACGGAGAAUAUACAGGAUGCUCGGUCAGAGGAAUCGACUCCUGCUGAAGAUGACCGGGCGGUGCAAGAGAUCGAAUCCCUUUGCAUGUCCUGCGGCGAGCAGGGUGUUACACGCAUGCUUUUGACUUCCAUCCCUUACUUCCGUGAAGUCAUCGUGAUGUCGUUUAGAUGUGAACACUGCGGCACAUCAAACAAUGAGAUCCAGUCUGCAGGCUCUAUCAGCCCUGAAGGAGCCAUGUAUACUGCUCGCGUCCUUGCCCGAACCGAUCUCGACCGUCAAAUUGUCAAAUCUGAUUCAUGUACCGUAAACAUUCCCGAAUACGAGCUAACAAUCCCCCCGUCCAAGGGACAGCUCACAACAAUCGAGGGCAUUAUCAGAGACAUUGUCCGGGAUCUCAGCAGCGAUCAACCUCUUCGACGCAUUGAAGAUGAAGCAACUUACGCAAAGAUAGAAGCACUCAUCACCAAACUCAAAUUAAUCCUUCCUGAUGAAGGUGACGAGGAGAGCUCCAGUGUGGGCCCCGUCGAGAUACAAAAAUCAUCACGGAAGGACAUUCCGAUGCCAAUAUUCACCGUCAAACUUGACGACCCAGCCGGACGAUCCUUCAUUGAAUUCAUCGGAAGUAUGGCAGACCCUAAAUGGAACCUCCGGACAUACCGUCGCACAAAAGAACAAAACAUUGCUUUAGGUUUGGUCGCCCCUGAUGAGGCUGUGGAACCUCAGGCUCCUAGUGAAUCUGAAGGGACGGCGCCCACAAAUGACAACAAUGCUGGUGGAGGUUUAGAGGGCGAGAAUGAGGAGAUUUAUGUGUUCCCCGGCGUUUGCUCUAGCUGCGGGCACCCAUUGAAUACGUUGAUGAAGAAAGUCGUGAUCCCAUACUUCAAGGAUAUCUUGAUCAUGUCAACAAAUUGCGACCGAUGUGGAUAUCGAGACAAUGAAGUGAAAUCUGGUUCCGCAAUCUCUGAACAAGGCAGACGAAUAACUCUGCAGGUCGAAGAUCGCGAGGAUCUUAGCCGAGACAUCUUGAAGAGUGAAACAUGCGGAUUAUCCAUCCCCGAGAUCGACCUUGUUCUCCAAGCCGGAACAUUGGGCGGCCGGUUUACAACGCUCGAGGGCAUCCUUGACCAAGUCUACGAAGAAUUAUCCGAGAAGGUUUUUGCCUCGAGUGAUUCUCGAAGAGAUGAUCACGAUGCUUUUGAGAAGUUUCUUCAAAGCUUGAAGGAGGUGAAAAAUGCGGAGAGGCCAUUCACUCUCAUUCUCGACGAUCCUCUGGCCAACUCUUAUCUGCAAAAUCUGUAUGCUCCCGAUCCGGAUCCUAACAUGGAGGUUGUGACAUACGAUCGGACAUGGGAUCAGAAUGAAGAGUUGGGCUUGAAUGAUAUGAAGGUAGAGGGAUAUGAAGAAGAUGUGCAGGAAGGCACUCCCUAA